UGAUUCAUUCUCUUUAGCAACCGACCUACAAGCCUAUAAGCCCUUUUCUGGUUGGGAGAAAAAGAAAACAGCCAUGGGAGGGCACGGAGGUCUGAACAUUCUCCCGCAGAAGCGAUGGAACGUAUACAAUUUCGACAACAGAGAGCGCGUUCGCAAAGAUGAAGAAGCUGCCGCUCGGGAAGAAGAGCUCAAGCGAGAGCAAUCUGCAAGAAGAGAUGCCGAAUUCCGCUUAGAAAAGCUCCGUCAAGCCAAUCAAGCAAAACGUGGCUUCCAAACACCUCAAUCCCUACCUUCGGUUUCUUCCCCCCAAACCCUCGCACAAGAUUCCACACAAGAAGAACUGCCUGAUUCUGAUUCCAAGCACAUUAAUUUGUUCCAGGGUUGGAAUGGAUUUCAAAUGGAAGGCGAGAAGAGUGAUGAUCGGAAGGAGAAGAAGAAGGAUGAUUCUCGGCCUCCAAAGAAGCAGAAAAAGAUGAAAGAGGGUGGAGAGAGUGUUAGGACUAUUUUGCCUGAGGAUGAGAAAUACAGGCUGGGCUAUGGCGUUGCGGGCAAAGAUGCCAAGACGCCGUGGUAUCUUUCUAAAAGUUCUGUGGCUCAGCAAGAGGAGAACGAGGAGGACGAGAGAAGAUCCAAUUCCAAGGAAUUUUCCCAAAGGAAUGGUGAAAUGAGAGGGAAGAAAAGGUCAUUGCAAGAACUCAGGGAAGAGCGGUUGAGGAGGGAGCAACAGGAAAGGGAAAGAGCUCAGAAAUUGUUAUUUCCAAGCACCAGUGAUUCCAGGAUAAAGCGUGAUUCUAAUGGUCAGAACCGGGUACCAUAUUACAACUCUGGCUAUGGAAAUGCAAGAUGAUUUUUGGGCUAAGGAUGGUUUAUUAUGUUUUAUGGUGCCGACCUUUUUCUUCUGUAUUAUGAAAAAUGUAAAUUGAUUAUUUCUUUUGAACAUAGCUUGUAUCUCUUUGAACUUAAGAAUUUUUUUGUUUGUUUUAGCCUUAUGCAAGCCUUAUUUUUUGACAAGGGGCAUUAGCAAAUGGAUUACAAAUCUUAAGGAUGUAUAAUGAAUUACAAAAAAAGAAUGAUGAUAUGGAUGAAAUAAAAGAAUUUACCACCA